AUGUCGUAUUCCAAUCAUAGGAAUAAAGAUGAGAAUGGUAUGAACAAUUUGAAUAAUCAUACGAAUCCAUUUUCAGAGCCAGAGAACCUUAUAGAUUUGGAUUUGGAUACUAGGAACAGUUUUAAUGCAAAUGUGGAGAAUAGUCCUUAUAGUCAUGUAACAUCUCAAAAUCAACAUGCUCAGCCUGCUAAUCCAUUCGAAGACAACUUCAUCAUAUCAGACGACGAAAUAGAACGAGAUGAUACUAUCGAAUCGUUAGGACACGGUUCGAGUAGUCAGCGUAAAGUUCCAUUAUUGAGUACGGCCAACGAUAAAUCCCAGCAAAGAUCGGGACUAUUUGGUGGAUUACUUGCAAAUAGGAAUGACGAAUAUAUUGGAAUGGAAAAUGGGCCAGAAGAAAGACAAUUUAAAGAUAACAACUUAAAUGAUGGGCUGUCAGAUUUUGAUAUCCGUAAGAUUUAUCGUAAAACAAAGGCCAAAUUUUCUCGAUCUAAUGCUGAAGCUGAAGAUGCAGCUGCGGUUAACAAGGGACCAAGACAAAUAUACAUCAUGAACCAAAUGUUAAAUUCUUCUUUUAAAUACUAUGGUAACCAUAUUUCUACUACCAAGUAUAAUUUUGCUACAUUUAUACCAAAAUUCUUAUUUGAACAAUUUAGCAAGUACGCUAAUUUAUUUUUCCUUUUCACAUCCAUUAUUCAACAAGUUCCAAAUGUGUCACCGACAAAUAGAUACACCACCAUUGGUACAUUGACUAUUGUGUUAUUGGUCUCCGCUAUCAAGGAAAUAAUGGAAGAUUUGAAAAGAGCCGGUGCGGAUAAGGAAUUAAAUAAUACCAAAGUUUUAGUGUUAGACGCAAGCUCCGGUGUCUUUCAUUCAAAGAAAUGGAUCCAAGUUAAAGUAGGUGAUGUUGUUAAGAUUAAUAAUGAAGAACCAUUCCCAGCGGAUUUAUUAUUAGUUAGUUCUUCCGAACCGGAAGGCUUAUGUUAUAUUGAGACUGCAAAUCUUGAUGGUGAAACAAAUUUGAAAAUUAAACAAGCUAAGUCUGAGACAUCGUACUUAGUUAAUCCUAGAGAUUUAUUGAGUGAUUUAUCAAGAUCUGAAAUUUUGUCUGAACAACCGAACUCUUCUUUGUAUACCUACGAAGGAAAUUUAAAGAAUUUUGGGUCAGUAGGUGACAUUCCUUUAAGUCCAGAUCAAUUAUUAUUAAGAGGUGCUACAUUAAGAAAUACUCAGUGGAUUCACGGUGUUGUGGUUUUUACUGGUCAUGAGACUAAGCUAAUGCGUAAUGCUACAGCAGCCCCAAUCAAGAGCACAGACGUUGAAAGAAUCAUCAAUUUACAAAUUAUUGCCUUAUUUUCCAUUUUGAUUUUUUUGUCGUUUGUAUCAUCCAUCGGUAAUGUUAUAAAAAUUAGUGUCGAUAGUAAUGAGUUGGGGUAUUUAAUGUUAGGAGGCACUAAUAAGGCAUCGUUAUUUUUCAGAAAUCUCUUGACUUACUGCAUUUUGUUUUCUAACUUGGUUCCAAUAUCAAUGUUUGUUACAGUGGAAAUUAUUAAGUUCUACCAAGCAUAUAUGAUAGGUAGUGAUCUCGAUAUGUAUUAUGCUGAGACGGAUACCCCUACCGGUGUCAGAACAUCAUCAUUGGUAGAAGAAUUAGGUCAAAUUGAUUAUAUAUUUAGUGAUAAAACAGGAACGUUGACUAGAAAUAUCAUGGAAUUCAAAUGUUGUUCAAUAGGUGGUAAAUGUUAUACUGAAGAAAUCACAGAAGAUAAUCAAGUACAAUCACACGAUGGUAUUGAAGUUGGUUUUUACAGUUUCGAUAAUUUACACGAGCAUUUGAAAGAUACAUCACUGCAACAAUCAGCUAUAAUCAAUGAGUUUUUUACUCUAUUAAGUGCCUGUCAUACGGUUAUUCCAGAAACAAAUGACGUGGAUGAUACUAUUAAAUACCAAGCUGCAUCGCCCGAUGAAGGCGCAUUAGUGCAAGGUGCAGCAGACUUGGGUUAUAAAUUCAGGGUUCGUAAACCGAAAGGUAUCUCAAUUAGAAAUACGCUAACGGGAGUUGACUCUGAGUAUGAAUUAUUAAAUAUUUGCGAAUUUAACUCAACAAGAAAGAGGAUGUCUGCAAUUUUUAGGUGCCCAGAUGGUGUCAUCCGGUUAUUCUGCAAAGGGGCCGAUACUGUUAUAUUAGAAAGACUAUCAGAUGAUGGUCGUCCAUUUGUCGAUGCUACCUUGUCGCAUUUAGAAAGUUUUGCUGCCGAAGGCUUAAGAACGUUAUGCAUUGCUUCAAAAAUUAUAUCAGAAGAACAAUAUGAAUCCUGGUCCACAAAAUAUUACGAGGCUUCGACCUCUUUGGAGAAUAGAUCUGAGAAAUUGGAUGAAAUUGCAGAGGUGAUUGAAAAUGACUUGUUUUUGUUGGGUGCAACAGCUAUUGAGGAUAAGCUACAAGAUGGAGUUCCUGAAACAAUUCACACUUUACAGAGUGCAGGGAUUAAGAUAUGGGUUCUUACUGGUGACAGACAAGAAACUGCCAUUAACAUUGGUAUGUCGUGCAAAUUAUUAAGCGAAGAUAUGAAUCUUUUAAUAAUAAAUGAAGAAACUAAAAAUGAUACAAGACUAAAUCUACAGGAAAAAAUAUCAGCUAUUCAGGAACAUCAAUAUGAUAUUGAAGAUGAUACUUUAGAAUCCUCAUUAGCUUUAGUUAUUGAUGGGCAUUCGUUGACAUUCGCUUUGGAGCCUGACUUAGAAGAUAUGUUUAUUCAAUUGGGUUCUCUCUGUAAGGCUGUUAUCUGUUGCCGUGUUUCACCGUUACAAAAAGCAUUAGUUGUAAAAAUGGUUAAAAGAAAGAAGAAAGAUUCUUUGCUCUUGGCAAUUGGUGAUGGUGCCAAUGACGUGUCAAUGAUCCAAGCUGCGCAUGUCGGUGUGGGUAUUAGUGGUCAAGAAGGGAUGCAAGCAGCUAGAAGUGCUGAUGUUUCUAUCGGGCAGUUCAAAUACUUGAAGAAAUUAUUAUUAGUUCACGGUGCUUGGUCUUAUCAACGUAUUUCAAAUGCAAUUCUCUAUUCUUUCUACAAAAAUGUCACUUUAUAUAUGACUCAAUUUUGGUUCGUUUUUGCUAAUUGCUUUUCGGGUCAGUCGAUCAUUGAAUCAUGGACAUUAACUUUCUAUAAUGUCUUUUUCACGGUAUUUCCCCCAUUUGUUAUGGGUGUUUUCGAUCAGUUUGUUAAUGCAAGAUUAUUGGAUCGUUAUCCUCAAUUAUAUCAAUUAGGACAGAAGAAAAAAUUCUUCAACGUACCGAUUUUUUGGGGUUGGAUUGCUAACGGGUUCUAUCAUUCAGCUAUUAUUUUUUUGUGCUCAAUUUUUAUUUAUCAACAUGGUGAUCAAUUGAGUAAUGGAUUGGUUGCCAAUAAUUGGACCUGGGGUACCGCUGUUUUUACGACGUGUACUUUGACUGCGUUAGGAAAGGCUGCAUUGGUUGUUACAAUGUGGACCAAAUAUACUUUACUUGCUAUCCCUGGCUCUUUCCUUUUGUGGAUAGGUAUAUUCCCAGCUUACGCUACUGUGGCUCCUAUGAUUAAUGUUUCCCAGGAAUACCGUGGAGUGUUGAAGGCAACAUAUCCUUCUCUUACAUUUUGGAGUAUGAUCUUUGGAGUUUCUGUCUUGUGUCUUCUUAGAGAUUUUGCAUGGAAAUUUUUUAAGAGAAGCUAUAGUCCGGAAAGCUACCACUAUGUUCAAGAAAUACAGAAAUACAAUAUUCAAGACUAUAGGCCAAGGAUGGAACAAUUCCAAAAGGCCAUUAGAAAGGUGAGACAAGUCCAGAGAAUAAAGAAACAAAGAGGUUUUGCAUUUUCUCAAGUUGAUAACCAGGAUCAAGAAAAAAUUGUUAGACUAUAUGAUACAACUAAAAAGAGAGGGGUUUUUGGCGAAUUAUCAGAGGGUAACUAA